GCAUGGGAAGGCGCUCCUGUUGCCGGCGGCCCUUGCCGGUGGUGGCAAGUCUGGGUGCUGCGCUUCUGCUCCUGUGUGCCGCGCCGCGCGCCCUGCGUCCGGCAUUUGAAAACAAAGCUCUGGGCUCCGGCUGGUUCGGAGGAGAGAGGAAGAGUCCCCUACAGCUGUUGCGGGAACUGGACCAGGGCCCGCGCUCUGCGAUGGCCGAAGUGCACCAGCAGCGGCGCGAGCUGCUCCGCCGGGCCUGCAGCCGCCACACGCGACGCCAACGCCUGCUGCAGCCGGAGGACCUGCGGCACGUGCUGGUGGACGACAAGCACCGGCUUCUGUACUGCUACGUGCCCAAGGUGGCCUGCACCAACUGGAAGCGCGUGCUGCUGGCGCUGCGCGGCCGUGGGGACCCAGGAGCAAUCCCUGCGCACGAGGCACAUGAGCCUGGUCUGCUGCCCUCGUUAGCCGACUUUGCGCCAGCUGAAGUCAACCGGCGGCUGCGCGACUACCUGACCUUCCUCUUUGUGCGCGAGCCCUUCGAGCGCCUGGCCUCAGCCUACCGCAACAAGCUGGCGCGGCCACACAGCGCGGCCUUCCAGAGGCGCUAUGGCACGCGCAUUGUGCGUCGCCUACGACCGCACGCGCAGCCCGAUGCGCUGGCUCGCGGCCACGACGUGCGCUUUGCGGAGUUCCUGGCCUACCUGCUCGACCCGCGAACGCGCCGCCAUGAGCCCUUCAACGAGCACUGGGAGCGCGCGCAUGCGCUGUGCCAUCCAUGCCUAGUGCGCUAUGAUGUAGUGGGCAAGUUUGAAACACUGGCGGAUGAUGCUGCCUUUGUGCUGCACCUGGUGGGCGAGCCUGGCCUGCGCUUCCCUGCUCCACCGCUGAGGCCAGAGAAGGACCUCACGCGUGUCCAGGCCCGGCGCCUUUUCCAGGACAUCAGCCCCUUCUACCAGCGUCGCCUCUUUGACCUCUAUAAGAUGGACUUUCUGCUCUUCAACUACUCCGCUCCCUCCUACCUGCGGUUGCAAUAAGGGUGUUGGGUGCAAUAGGGCCUGUGGCUGCUGUGACCAGGAGGCCAUCAGGAGGUCUGGAAUGAACCUGGUAGUGUGGAUUGGAGACCCAUUGUCAUACCUUAUCUAGUGGGCCUGGCCACUGCUUCACCAUACACCUGUCUGGCUGUUUGUACCUUUAGUUUGAUGCCUGAUCUCCUCCUGCAGAUGUCAGGCUUUUUCCUAGGACCCCAGGU